GUCCAAUCAGAUUUCAGGAUGAGGUGGCAUUAAAAUGCCGGAAGCAUUUACAACAGGAAGCUAACGAGAAGCUAACGAGCAGCUAACAACAAGCUAACAACUGCAGCGCAGUCUGAGCGUGAACAGCUGCUAAGGAUGAGUCUCCAGUGGACGGCCGUGGCCUCCUUCCUCUACGCUGAGGUCUUCUUGGUUCUGCUGCUCUGCAUCCCCUUCAUCUCAGCCAAGAGGUGGAACCAGGUCUUUAAGUCGCGUGUGGUCCAAACCGUGGCUCUGUAUGGGAACACCGCGUUCAUCGUGGCCAUCGCCAUCCUGGUCUUCCUGCUCAUCGAUGCCUUCAGGGAAGUCCGGAGAUACAGUGUGACAGAGAAAGUGGAUCUAACCAACAACCCAACGGCCAUCGAACACAUUCACAUGAAGCUGUUCAGAGCUCAGAGGAACCAGUACAUAGCCGGCUUCGCUCUGCUGCUCUGCCUGUUGCUGCGUCGCCUAGCAACUCUCCUGUCCCAGCAGGCGUCCCUCAUGGCGUCCAACGAGGCCUUCAAGAAACAGGCUGAGGGAGCCAGCGCCGCGGCAACCAAGUACAUGGAGGACAACGAGCUGCUGCAGGAGAAACUACGUGACGCUGGCAUCGAGCUGCCAGAGGCCGGGAGGAAAGGAGCAGGACCUCAGGAGGAGAACAAGGCCCUGAAGGAGGAGGUGAAGACCCUGAAGGAGGAGCUGGACGCCACCAAGAAAGGUCUCCUGAAGUCUGACAGAGACGUGGCAGCGAUGAAGAAACAGGCCGAGAAUCUGACGCUGGAGUACGACCGACUCCUGGAGGAGCACAGCAAGCUGCUGGCUUCCAGCGACAAGAAGUCAGACUGAGGACGAAGACCGUCUCCGUCUCCGUCUCCAUCUCCAUCUUCAGCUUCAGCUUCAGCUUCAUCACCGUCCGCUCCUUCAGCCCCCCCCCCCCCCCCCCCCCCCCCAGUGGUGUGAUGUCACUGCCCUCUCUCUGGCCUGUGAUUGGUUCUUGGGACUGUUUACAUCUUUUUUUUUAUGCGACUUCAAGUGAAAAAGUCGUUUCAUUCCAAAAUAAAAGCAUCUGCCUUCAGAUGACGACACUUUGCACAUUUUCAAAAUAAAAGCAUGAAUAAAGACGGUUGGUUCUAGGACCAGGUCUUUAUGCUGAGACGCUUCGUCCUCUUUAGUUUCAGACGUUGUUCACAGAAAAAAUAAAAUAAACUCUGACUUUUCA